AUGACGGAGCGAGUAGCCAAGCCCAGAGGUCGGAAGAAGAAAGAGACGACGAGAGCUGCGCUGGCAGUCCGCGGAAAGGAUCCAACGGAAAAUAGCCAGCCAUCAGCGAUUCCACGUACAAUCCUUGCCCAAGACGAAGCCGCAAGCACAUCAACACCAACUGGCCAGCCUCCUUCUUCGUCAUACCCAGCAUUACCGUCCGAAAGCAGAGACAACGAAAAGAUAGAGCAAGCCAUCGUAGCAAUCCGCUACCAGUACAGACCCCCCAUGCUAAACCAGCCCUCAAGAAUCCUGCCCGAAGCUCUAGAUACUGCGUUUCUCUCCCACUACAUUGAGCUCAACAAAGGCGGAAGUCAGUACGCACCGGAAAUCCAAUGGUUGGGUCAUAUAAACCAGAUUCACAGCAACGCACGAAAGCCAGCUGUGAGGCUGUCUCUCCGAGCAGUGUCCAUGGCCUUUUUCGGGAAGCAUCAUCAUGAUCCAAGUAUUCUGAUUGAUUCCUGGAGAUGGUAUACCGUGGCGUUGAGUGCGCAAAGGACGUCUAUAGCGAGACUGAAGAAUGAUGCUAUCCCUGAUGAGGAAGAGGUUUUGGUGCCGCUUAUCAUGUCGUUGUACGAGCUGUAUGUAGGGGCGACUGCGACGGGUGCGAUGUCUCAUAUCGCGGCUGCGGCUGAGAUUAUGAAUAUGCGCGGUCCGAGUAACUGCGGGUCAGGCGCCAUCUGGCCGCUCUUCAAAGGAAUCCGCAGCUCUGAUGCGCACAAAUCCGUAGUCUUCAACCGCAAAUCCGUCUACGCCUCCCUAGACUGGAUGACCCUCCCCUUCAUCGGCAAACCACGCGACGCACACCAAACUCUCGCAGAUAUCGAACUCAUCGUCCCCCACUGUUUCGCCAUGCUCGAAAUACCCGGGUCCAUGCGCGUCCUCUUCUCCACGCCAAUACCCUCACACGUCGACGUUCGACCUUGCAAAGAACUCGCGUGCAAAUUGAUCCGGCAACUGGAUGACUGGGCUGCAGCAUACCCGCACCUGACUAGUGUAUCCAGGAGCGAGCGCGGGACACCGGUUGAGAGGGGUACGUCGAAACUACCCAAACCCAAUACCAGGCAAGGAUCUUCGUCCAAUACGAGUUCGCCUAAUACCUUCGUAGCACUAAUCGCAUCGAACUACAUGGCCGACCGCCUAGUCCUAAGCAUGCUCAUGUACAAAAUGCACACGGAAGCCACAGCCCCCGUAGAACCAUACGAGAUGCCUACCCCCUAUUACUUCGACGUGGCUACGAAAGCCACGACGGAUAUCAUCGAGGCUGCGGCGGAAAUUGAACAGGCCCAAACACCGGGGUUUGACCUCUUGCGCAGUAUUGCCCCCGUUAUGGCUGUGGCUUUUGCGGCGCCGACGAUGGAGCUUAGGAAGGAUGCGGUGGAUACGAUGACGCGGUGGGCGAGGAGGAUAGGGGGGCUGGGGAGUAUUAUUGGGGCGAUUUGA